AUGUUUGCCGUUGUUACGGUUAACAAUACUCUUUCAUCAUCAAGCACUACGACACAACGACCUAGUGUGGUGAUAAAUUUCUUGUAUAAGCUAACUGAAAUAGCAGCCUAUACUUCGGUUAUUUUCAACGAUUUUUAUCAAAUUAUUUCGGCUGGUGACAAAAUUAAGCAAGAGGUAGAAAAGAAUGACAGAAUUUCUAAAAGGAUAAAUAAUCGAUAUCCUAGUAUCGAUAUGUUGCAAAUCAGCGUCGAUGAUUCGAAUGAUCCUGAUGUUUAA